AAUGAAUGACAAUGUAUAAAAUAGAGUAACAGGGAUUUUUGAGAAAUUAAACAAUAUUUAGAAUCAAGUAUAAGAUGAGUAUGAAUUAAUUCUCAUUAAUAAAUUAUAGAAAAAAUAACAGAUUUUCAAUUAUUGCUUAGUUGAUAGCCCAAUUUGAAUCUAAUUUAAGAAAUGCAUCUUAAUAAAAAGAAGCAAUAUUUAGUUAAUUGGCAAAUAAAUUUAAAGAAUUACAAGGAUUCUUGGAAAUUGAAAAUGAUAAGUAUUAAUAAUUUGAAAAUUAGUCGAGUGAGAUAAGAAUAAGAAACAUAAAAAAUGAUUGUUGAUUUAGAAAGACAUGCAAAAAGAUUAUUAGAAACUAGUUAAAAAGAAAGAGUAGAUUAAGAAAAGAAAUUAACUUAUGCAAUUAGUUAAUAAAUAGAUUUCAUUACUUAAGAUGUUAAUAGAUAAGGUGUUGAACUUUAAGAAUCACAUAAAUAUGUGGAUAUUUAUUUAAAUGAAGAUUUACCUAAAAUUGCUGAUGAUCUUUAAAAUGAAAUUGAUGAAAGAAGAGAAGUUGAAGAAAGGAUAUACCAUCAAUUUAUGGAAUAAAUCUCAGAUCUAAGAGAAUUAUUUGAUAGGUAUUAAUUAAAUUAUAAUUUAUUAUAGAGAAAGAAAAGAAAGAGAAGCAAAAGAAGAAGACAUAGUUGAAAGUUUAAGAGAAGUUUAAUUUAGAAUUACAGAAUUAUUGAAAAGAAAUAGAAAAGAUAGAGAAACUACUGAAUAAGAAAUGGUAUCUUUAGUUGAGACUGUUAUUGAAAAAAUUAAAAUUGAAAUGUUAGAAAUGAAUAUGUGA